AGCAGCCCGGCCGGUUCGGGGACGGGUUCGGGUUCUGCAGAGAGCCAAGGAAGGAGCCACACGCAGCCUCCCGUCUCUCCUGGUUUCUCCUGGUUUGUUUUUGGUUUUCCCUGGAAUACAGAACCUCCCAUCGGAGCAAGAUGUGCAAGGGGCUCGCUGCGCUGCCAGCCACUUGUUUAAAAAGUGCCAAAGACAUGAAGCAUCGUCUGGGCUUCCUGCUGCAGAAGUCAGAGUCCUGUGACUACAGCUCUUCCCAGGGCAAGAAGGAGAAAAUAGCUUCAAGCCAGAGGGUUAGCCAAGAGGAAGUCAGGAAGUGGGCAGAUUCUUUGGAAAAUUUGAUCCACCAUGACAGAGGACUGGCUGCUUUCCGUGCUUUCCUCAAAUCUGAGUAUAGUGAGGAAAACAUCGAGUUCUGGGUCAGUUGUGAGGACUACAAGAAAACCAAGUCCCCAGCCAAGCUCAGUCCCAAGGCCAGAAAGAUCUAUGAUGAGUUCAUCUCCGUGCAGGCAACUAAAGAGGUGAACCUGGAUUCCUGCACACGGGAGAGGACAAGCCACAACAUGCUGGAGCCUACUCUGUCCUGCUUUGAUGAGGCUCAGAGGAAAAUAUUCACCCUGAUGGAGAAGGAUUCUUACCGCCGCUUCCUCAAGUCCCCCUACUACCUGGACUUGGUCAGCCCCCCAGGUGCUGCCUGUGGGCCUGAAAGCUCCAAAAGAAGCCACACACACACCUUAGACUGCAACUCCAACCUCAUCUCCCAGUGUGCAUGAACCUUGCAGCAAGGCAGAAGUGGGGCUGGGCUCUCACCGGGGCAGCAGGAGCAUCCAUUGGCACGAAGCAGCAGAGCUGUCCCCAUUUAGCUGUCCCAUGUCCCAGUUGUACCCCAUGGCAUGUGGCUGCCAGCAUUUGUAACCCAAGGCAAGGCUCAGUUUGUGCAGCAAACCCUCCUCUCAUUGGUGUAGGAGCCCUGGGGUCUGUGUCUGACAGGAGAGCUGGGGCCAGCGUUGCAUCUCCAGUGUGGGUCUGGCAAGCCCAGGGAGGGCUGGGGAAGGGAAAGGAAGGGAAGGAAGGGAAGGAAAGGGAAGGAAAGGGAAGGAUGUGCUCAGACCCAGCACUCCCCACCCAGGGACCAGAUUUGGUGAAGCUGGCAAGGGGCAGGAGACAGGGGAAGCCAAAGGAAGCACUGGGGACUGUGAGCUCCCCUUGCUCGUGGGCAAAAGCUCAGAUGAAGCUUGGAUGUCAUUUAGCUCCCAAAUGUCAAGGCUUUUUUAGAACACAAGCUGUUCUGCAUUAGUCUGCAGACACUGGAAGAGCUCUUACUCUUCCUUGGAAGGGAGUCCAAGGCUUUUCAGGCCUUUUUUCUCCAUCACCACAGCCACCAUUGCAGGGCAGCUCUCCCCUUCUGGCCACUUCUCUCUCCGUGCAUCUGGUUUUUGCUGGCCAAGGAUCUUUCCUAGGGUUCUGCAGAGCUGUUGUUUGGGAGGAGGUUGAUUAUUCCCUAUAUUAUUGUGUCCUGCAUGCUCCUAGCUUAAACACCAGAGCUGAGCAAAACAGAAACAGGUUCCUCCUCUCCACUCCCAGGCUGACAGGUAGGCAUUGCUAACUCUGGGAGUGCCAGCUGAUUUCUGGGUUACCUGUCCCAGCUUGUGUGGAGCAGUUUGUGAUGGAAUGGGAUGGCUGCCACAAUAGCUGAGGAGAAAAGACUCUGCCUGGAAGUACUUGAAAAUAUUUUUUUUUCUUUCUUUUCCUUUUCUUUUCUUUCUU